GGUACAGCUAUCUGGAGGUCGAUCACAUCACCAGUAGCCGAGGAGUCUCUGAACCGAACCAGCUGCAGAUGCCGGUCUGGAGGAGGAGGUGUGAUGAUGAGCUCACCCUUGGAUUUGUCGAUGCCAUCGCUCAGAAGGACGUGCUUGGUGAGCUCAAGAAGAUCAAGAAGCGCACACUUCACACACAAAGCUGCCAACAUGGUGUUGUGGUUGCAAUCAGUGAGCUUCUCGCCUUCUAUGUCCUCAAGCUUGACUGGUUCCGCCAUGACCCGGGCGCUGGACUGGGACCGCUCUCGGCGGAGCUUCGACGCUACGAGAUCCGCAGCUGGCAGCGGCUGCGGCAGGGGAUGGAACAGACACGCCAGGCACCCUUCGAGGCGUGCGCGUGUGCGGGGAAAGGUUACGACAUGCUGAUGGCCAUGCGUGACAACAUCAAGAGGCUUUGGCUCUACCAUCCCAACUUCACCGGAAUGCUCACGAGCCCGGGAGAACCGGCCCAUCACAUGUCCAUGCUGCAGUCCUGCGUGGAGCCUCGAAUGGCUCAGGAGGCUCUGCUGCUUUUCGAGCAGACGUCGCUUCAAACGAACUGCGUAUCUGGAGAUGUUGCCACCAACAUCGCAGUAGCUCAAGCGUGCAUUCUGCAACGAAAGUGGGAUCGGGCAGCAGAGCUGUACCUGUUGGCCUUUGCACUGGUGGUGCUAGCUCCAUGGACAGACUGUUUGACGCUCUCCUUCUGGGACCUGACGGCGGAGGACGUGGUGUACAACGCCGCCCGCCUGCUGGCGCCGAGCCGCCGCGCAGCGGUGCCGUUGACGCCGCGGCAGGCGGUGCGCCAAGUGGCCUGGCGCCGGAGUCCGUAUCGCUUGAUGCCGGUGCACCAGAAUCGCUGCGAUGGUCCCAUUGCACUGGAUGGUUUUUGCUUAGAAUCUGGCGCAAUCGUGGUUCCCAAAUGGCGUGGAAGUGAUGUCAGAACUGCCCUCUGCGCGGAGUUUGGUGCAUUUGAUAGCCCUAAUCUGGUCAAAGAGGUAAAGUUGGAGCAGAUUCAACAGGAUGUGGACCCCUCUGGGGAACUCAAAAACCUUCAGGCCUUUCUGGUGCCAGUAGGCACGCCCUUCCCCAACGUUUGGCAUGCGCUACACUGGUGGGUGCCUGCUUUAGCCUUGAAGGAGGAGCGCGGAUGGCUGGCAACAGAACUUCAG